CACUCAAAGACUGAAGAGGUGGACUAAGCUGUGUCACUGUACCUCUGCUUAACUCAAAAAGCAGGGCUGAUAUUAUUUUAUUUGAUAACUGUGCUCUCUGUACAAGAUUCUUCUUUAGUGAGAGAUGGCAAUGAUGGCAAUCUGGGUGGCAGUUCUAAUCAGUUACGGAAUCUCUACAGGAAUUGCAAUGCACUCUGCUGCACAUAGAUCAGAUGAUGUCCUUACUCUGGACAUGGCUCCUGACUCUGUUGAUGACAUGUACAGUGGCUGCAAAGAUAAAAUGAGGACCAAAGCAAACAACUACCUGAAGAAUGAGAAAAAUGCUGAUAGUGAUUUCACACUGGCCUGGAAGAAGGCAGAGAAAAAAUGGCCUAAGAAAAAACCAGGGAGAGAACAGAAAAUGGCUAUUUAUGUUUAUACCCUCAAUGAACCAAAUAUAUAUCUCAAUUUCAAUAAUGCAGUUCGAACCCAGAGAUCUAUGUACAAGACCACAUUCAGGUAUCACGCACUUCACUUUUUUCUGACUGAUGCCCUUCAAACUCUCAACUCUCGCAAAUCUGAAGAAGAAAGAUGUCUUACUGGCUACCGUAGAGUCAACAGCUACUUUAGCCAAGACGUUCUCAACAAGGAGAUUCGCUUUGGCACUUUUACCUCCAGCAGAAGGGAUCAGUACCCCCACACUGACAGAUUUGGAGACAAGUCAUGCUUUGAGAUUGCGACAUGUUUUGGAGCAGACAUCUCACUGUACUCAGAGCUUGGAGAGUCAGAAAGAGAAGUGCUGAUUCCUCCUUAUGAGGUCUUUAAAGUCAUCAGAGAUAAAGAGGAGAGCUGAUGACAAAAAUCUGCCAUGUGAGGUGGUCUAUAAACUGAGCAGUACACGCAAAACUCUCUCCAAUUUGAAUUGUGCUCUGGUACCACCAAUUCCAUGUUUUACAAUGGACUGCUAAUAAAUGAAAAUAACCAGACGCACCAUAUUAAUUAUUGCAAAUUAUCUUCAAAACUGAAGUGAAUAUGGAUUCCUUUGUUAUCCAUGCAGAAAAUACCAUCAUUAAUAUUUGAAUAACUUAACAAUAUAAAACUGAAUUUAAACAGUUAGCCAGAGGUGCAGAGGUUGUACUGUUCAACAAGUACCCACUAGACAAAGAGAAUUUGUCCUGAACACUGUGUAACUGUUAUGAUUGAUCCGUAUUCUUAAGGAUAUCACAUUACUUUUCAAUCCAACAUGGGGACAGUGCAUAUUAACAAAAGUUAACAUCAUGUAUUGAAGAGUGUCAACUGUGAGGUAAAUUUGAUAAUAAACGGCUGUGAAGAGUUUUAAAGAACAUGAUGAGGCAUCUACGAUACACGUUACUCAUUGUUCCUCCUCUCAUAAAAAUGUAAAUAUCAAUAAUUUAUCAAGCGAUUUAUCAAGAGAGUUGGUCAUUGUAUACAGUAAUAUUACUACAUUGGUUGUACUGCUCAUGUAUUUAAAUUGAAUGCAUGAUCUAUCUUUCAGUGUUAUUGUAUCAAAACUGUAAUAAAACAUCCUGUUUUUUCACAAA